ACAAAAUAAUACAAAUUAUUUUAAUAUUAAAAUAAUUUCAUUUAUUUUAUUAAGAAAACAUCGUCUGCUGUAAAUAUAAGUCGUCUGCUAUACUGCCCCGUCAGCUUUAUAAAUCGUCUGCUAUAUUUUGUUGAUACACAAUUUACCUGGUUACGCUCGAUAGUUUUUUCUUACUCGAGCAUAACGUGUACCCGGUAUGGUAUAUAUAAGGCAAAACCCGUGCAGAAACUCACUCUUUACACGUCUGCAGUACAGAUUGACUGGUUUAAAACAUUUAUCUGCUAUCUACAUUGUCAAAUUAUGCCACGUGGCCGCGGAUGCGUACGUCCACAAAGACUGUCGCGGAACAACACCGCCAGACAGCCCGAGCCAGCAAGGAGCGCAACAAGGAGCCAACAACCUUCAAACAGAGGGAGGAAACGAACGGCAGAGGUCCCGUUGGAAGAUUUUGUUGAUGAGAGGGUGUCGCAAACGAACGCUGUUGAAAAAAUUCAGAGAAUUAGCUCCGGAAGCAGAUCAGCAACCUCACCCAGUCCCAGAAUUCCUCUGGAGCGUCUUCGAUUUAGAGCUCGAACAUUGUUACAAGGUGGAUUAGCGCCAAAUACUAGAUCAACAUACGAUACAGCGUUGAACGCUUUUCGGAUAUUUCUAUCCGAAUAUAAUCUGUCAUUACAAUGGCCAAUUUCAAUUCAGAAUAUUGUCUUUUUUAUUUCGUAUUGUUUUGAGAGGGGCAUGGCUUCAAAAACUAUAACCACAUAUGUUGCCGGCUUGAAUUAUUUUCAUAAACUUUCUGGUUUUUACGAUAUAUCAAAAAUAUUCAUGGUUAGCAAACUGCUUGAAGGUUGCAAAAAAUCUCGUAAAUCACAUGAUAAUCGGGCUCCGAUAACAAAACAGGUUUUGAAAAUUUUAUGUGACAUGUUACCAUUAUGUUGCUACAAUGCUUACGAGACUAGAUUAUUUACCACAUUAUUUAUAUUCGCAUAUUUUGGUUUAUUUCGCAUAAGUGAGCUGGUCGUUCCAAAAGUACUGGAAAGUCGGGACGUACUAUGGAAUUCGGACAUAUCAAUUAUAGAUAAUAGCAAGGUGCUUAUUUGUCUCCGUCAUUCAAAAAAUAAUAAAACCGGUGUUCCGGUAUAUCUAAAAUUGCCUAAAGAAAUGGACAAUUUAUGUCCAGUAAAUGCCUUAUCUAAUUUCCUUUCUAUGCGACCUAAAACACAGGGCCCUCUAUUCAUUCAUAACGAUAGUUCACCAGUAACGAGAACUCAAUUUUCAGCAGUUUUGUCGAAAUGCGUUUUAAGAGCCCGCUUGUCAUUUGGAUGUUGUUACAAAACUCAUAGUUUUAGAAUUGGCAGAGCUACUGAUCUCGCCAUUAUGGGCGUUCCUGCAAAAGCUAUAAUGAAAGCCGGUAGAUGGAAUAGCGAUUGUUACAAAUUGUACAUUAGAUAAAAAUAUAUAUAUAUAUCAUUUGAUAAAAAAAAUAACUUUUCAUAAGCUAUUUCGGGCAGUUUGUAUUUUGAUUUCAAGACAUGUUUAUUCUAUAUUUAGACAUCUGGGUCAUCGGGGACUCGAUCCCGUACUGGGCAGGCAAUCAUGCAAUACAAACUGGGAAGAAAAAUUUGAGACUACCAGGACAAACAAUUGCAUGGCUAGGGGUUCGAGGUCUGCGAUGGUCCACACUUCGACGGGAAAUUGAAGCUAAGGUUCUCCUAUCACCUGCUCCAUCGUUAAUACUUAUUCAUUUAGGUGGUAAUGAUUUAGUUCACUCUCAUGCCUAUAAUAUUAAAGG